GGAUAUGAGCAUGCAUGGCCAGCUUCUCUCCGACGUGCAAGGAAAGCCAUGGCCAAUGAUGCAAGAGCAGCAAGUCCCAGCCGUGCAAGGACAGCCAUGGCCAACUAUGCAAGAACAGGUAGAACCGGCUAUGGAAGAGCAGCGAACUCCGGUCAUGCAAGCUCAGCAGGUUCCGGAUGUGCAGAUACCCGCGACUACCAUCCAGCCCGCACUCGAGACUGGUUCUCCUUCCCAGCCCGUAUUCGUGGCAGACGACCCCAAACCUGAAAUUUCCUGGAUUGAAAUGGACCCAGUACUCUUUGACAGCGCAGAGAGCGAAGGCGGGGUUUUGGAAGAACUGCAGACUGUCUUUGACGGCUGGCAGAACCUCCAGCAGCAAGUGUCGAGGCAGCUUCCUGAUCAGCGUUCGUCGGUCGGUCGGCAAAUAUCCCAAUGCGGUCCUACACUCGGCGGCAAGACGUACUACCGACCCCUUCUUGGCAGCGAUUGUGAGUUAUGUGGCGAUCUCCUUGGCGAAACAAAGGCCGAGGUCUAUCAGCAUGCUCGAAAGCAUUUGUUCCAGCCACCGACACCG